UGUACAUGUGAGGGAAGUGUUGUAGCGUCCGUGUACGACCGUGAGAGUGAUGAUAGGUAUUUGCAUUUACGGCCUAUUUUCAAAAUUCAAGUUCUCGGUAAACAGGGUACUGCACUUAUAGAUACAGCAGCUAAGCAUUGUAUUGCUGGUCACACGCUGUAUGCUCUCCUUCUGCAUAAGGGUCACCCUCUUACUCCCUCCACUAGGCGAGUCAAACUUGCUGAUGGGCAUGUUCGGAAUAUGGAUGUAUUGACAACCAUAUUACCAGUGAGGUUAGAACACAUAGUGAUUAAUAUUCCAUUUAUAAUCUUCCCUGAUUCUAAUGAUAAUGAAACUUUACUGGGUAUUGAUUUUAUUAAUGCUGCCAAAGUUAUUAUUGAUUUUCAUCGUCAUGAAUGGUAUUUUAGUACUGAUGCUAAGGUGCAUUAUAAAUUACUUUUUGAACCUAUGUCUCGUGGUGUGUGCAUAGCUUCUACUAACAUGCUUCGGGAUGAUGAAGGUAUGCACUUGCAAUCAGCUGAGCGCCAAGCAUUAUCUGAGUUCCUUAUUCGGCAUGAAAGUAUUUUUACAGCAGGGGGAGGUCCGACACCAUUCAUAGAACAUUGCAUAGACACCGGAGAUCACCCCCCGAUAGCUGUGCCGCCCUAUCGCCUUAACCCUUCCAAGAAGGAGACGAUGAAGAAUGAAAUAGAGAAGAUGCUGGCAGAUGACAUCAUUGAAGAGUGCGAAUCCGCCUGGUGCUCUCCUGCAUUGAUGAUACCGAAGUCCAAUGAAGGAUUCCAGCAACACCUACAAGACCUGGAAGCUGUUUUUAGACGUUUCUCUGAAUUUAAACUUCACGUAAACAGAGAGAAGUGCACUUUUGCCAAAGAAAGGGUCCGUUAUCUGGGCCACGUCAUCACUCCAGACGGUGUGUCUCCUGACCCUGAGAAGGUCAGUGCUGUCCUUAAUAUGCUGGAACCAUCUAACCUAAAACAUUUAAGAACUUUUCUCCAAACAUGCUCUUGGUUCAGGAAGUUUAUUCCAAACUUUUCAAAGAUAGCAGAACCGCUUACUCGACUGACCAAGAAGAAUUACACAUGGAGCUGGGGACCUGAACAAACACAGGCAUUCAAAGAAUUGAAGCGUCUGCUGACCACGGCGCCCGUACUUGUUCAAGCGAAUUUUAAACAACCCUUAGUACUGCGUACCGACGCGAGCAACUAUGCACUUGGCGCAGUUUUAGCUCAAGGGGAAGGCAAGGACGAAAGGCCUAUCGAGUAUGCUAGCCGCCUACUCACCGCAGCGGAGCGCAACUACUCUACUACAGAACGGGAAGCGCUUGCUGUAGUCUGGGCCGUGGAGCGUUUCAGGCCAUACCUCGACGGCCAACCAAUUAUUAUAGGCAGUGACCACCAACCCUUGCGUUGGUUGCUUUCUUUAAAGUCUCCUGCUGGUAGGUUGGUCCGUUGGGCGCUUAAACUCCAAGAAUUUGACAUCAGAUUCGAGUACACCCCAGGAAAAGCUAACGUUGUCGCUGACACGUUAAGUAGACCGAUCUGUUCCAACGAAACACAAAAUAACUGCGGCAUCUGUUCUGUCAUUUGCGACCUGCCCACCAAGUCACCUACCCAGUUACGUCAAGACCAGUUGACUGAUCCGGAAAUACAGAAGAUCGUCACAGAACUGGAAGGAGUGGAUGAACUUGCUGCUAAAAGAUGGUCAGAAAGAGGAUUUCUAAUGGAACAAGGUGUUUUAUAUCGACUUAAUCCGGAUUCUGAUGCCGAGGCCCCACAAUUAGUCAUUCCUGCCCAUCAAGUGACCGACGUUCUCAAAGAGCUUCACGAUGCCCCUACCGCUGGACAUGCAGGAAUUGACCGGACUUACCAACAAGUGUCACGUCUGUUCUACUUCACAGGAAUGAGAAGAAUCAUAACCGACUAUGUAAAGGCAUGUAUCCAUUGUCAACGCUAUAAGGCUGCUAAUACCAAGCCUCCAGGUCUAUUGCAGACGCCGGUGAUGAACCAGCGCAACGAGGUCUUGGCAGUUGAUCUUUUCGGCCCGUUACCACCUGGAAAACAGGGGGAGCGUUGGAUCUUGCUAAUAGAAGAUACUGCUACGAGGUGGACAGAACUUUUCCCAUUGAAGGAAGCUACUGCUGAGGCGUGUGCACAUGUCCUCAUAGAGGAGUAUUUUAUGAGGUUCGGUCUUCCACGCCGACUAGUUUCUGAUAAUGGCGUACAAUUUAUUUCGGCAGUCAUGCGUCAAUGCAUGUCCAUCCUGGGGAUAAAGCAAAACCUUAUCCCUCUCUAUCACCCAGAAGCAAACCCCGCCGAACGUAAAAACAGAGAUCUUAAGACUUUAUUCGCUCGCCUUACUUCUAAGUUUGUUCCAAAACGCGAUGGUCCGUAUCGCAUCGUUAAAAAGGUCAGCCCUACUACUUACCACGUCGCGCAUGUUGACAAACCUGAUGAAGUUUUAGGGAAAUAUCAUGUGAACGAUCUCACUCUAUACCGUGAGAAUCAGAGUGAUGCUCUUCCGCGGCCGGUGAUGCCUAAAAAGAAACGUGGUCGUCCCCCAAAGAAUGUUAAAACAGAUUCUCGAGUUCCAGGGCAUAUGACGACACGGCAUGCUGAACCAUGUGCUGAAGCUCCACGUCUUUCUCCCGCAGCUGGUGGUAUGGUUGGUCUUGCGCCUGUCCCUCAGCCCAGUAGUAAUGAGAUGCUAGUCCAGGAGCGAGGGCGUCCUCCAGGACUAGAGGGGGAACACGUCUUGCCAGACGGUAAGCUAGUGCUGGGUGCUCGAAGAUCGCUUCUGGAAGCUGGUAGUGGAGCAAGCGGUGCUGUUCUCCGAUGCAAGGCGACCAAUAAAGCUGGGACCGUUCUCUCUCGACCAGUAAUACUACAACCAGUGGAAGAUGGCGUGUUAACUCAUACUGCUCGGCAACUGACUCCCGCCAAAGUUGGCGGUUCGGUUCUUAUGAGAUGUGAAGUAUCACCGCAGGUCGGUCUCGUGGAGGUCACGUGGCUUCAAGACGGACUUCCUCUGUCCUCAGGGUAUUUAACCAGUGAUUCGCGAUGGACAGCCGGAGCCGGUGGACUCUUACUCGGCACAGAUUUGACUCAAGCUGAUAUACAAGCAGAAUACUCCUGUCUGGCCGUAGAUACGUUAAGUCCGGCGUUAAAACUCACUACUGAUGAUAGCUGCUGGCUCGAGAAUAUAGAACUAAGCUCCGUAGAGGCUCAGACUGGAGAUACUGUGAUUCUUCCUUGUAUACUAAGGCAUGUCAGUGAUGAUUCUGUUACUUGGCAGCGACAGGACUCGAGUGGGACUUGGUCAUCAGCAAAUGAUGGUUCAGCACGUGGAGGAGCUCUUAUAUUCCCAGCAGUGAGACCGGACCAUGCAGCAAAAUAUUCUUGUUCUUACGGCUCGGGAUCUUCGCAAAGACUGCUCAUUCGAUUAAUAGUUUACGAGCCUUUAAUUUUGACUGUCGCCCCAAAUCCGUUGACAUUAGGGACUGGUGGUACUGGGCAAUUUAACUGUUCGGUUCGCGGUGGACGUGGUAAUGGGAUUACAUUGAGCUGGCAACACGAAGGGCGCCCCCUUCACGCCCCACAAGCACGCCUGUCUGUCGGACCAGUACGUUCUCAUCACGCUGGUACAUAUCAAUGCACCGCUCACGACCACACUGACACGGCUGUUGCUGGCGCUGAACUUGUCCUUGCUGACAGACCACCGAGACUGGUAUCGACGUUUAGUGAAGCUGUUACGAGGAUAGGACAGAGUAUAGCUUUGAAAUGUGCAGCUACUGGCUUACCAUCCCCUCGCAUACUUUGGACUUUAGACGAUAGACCACUUCCAUCAGCGCCAGACAAGUAUAAUGUAAAUACUAGAGGAGAAACUGUGCCUGGUGCGGAUGAAGGAACUGUAGUUUCCACACUUAGUAUCACAAUUAGAACUGCUGAUGAAGGUGGACGAUAUGGAUGCAACGCAACCAAUUCUAGGGGAUCGCACGUACAUCAUGCUAGAUUAAAUGUUUACGGGCCACCAAAUAUUAGGUAUUUACACGCGAUUCACGUUAAAACUGACAAUGAUGUGAAAUUGCACUGCCCUUAUUCAGGGUAUCCAAUCAAGGAGGUAGUUUGGCGUCGCGAGGAUGGUUCGUUAGUAGACGUAGCAAUGGAAGCUGGUGAUGAACGAGGAAUACUUAGAUUACAUUCUGUAAGGAGCGCCGCGUCAGGAAGCUACACUUGUGAAGUCCGAGCUGAAAGUGGAGAACUUGCAAGAAGAACUGUUCGCAUUGAAGUUCACAAGCCGCCAAAGAUAGCGGAUUUUCAUUUUCCGGAAGAAUUAGAAGUUGGUGGUAGUACUCAAGCAACAUGCAGUUUGAUAACAGGAGAUAAACCAAUACAGUUCACGUGGCAGAAAGAUAAUUUACCAAUACCUUCUGCGCUUAAGACGGAGCAAAAAAACAUGGAUUUCUUUUCUAUCCUAAUCAUACAAGACCUAACAUCAGCUCACAGUGGCGAAUACACCUGCAAAGCAUCAAACGAUUUUGGUAGCGUAAGUCACAGUGCGCCUCUAAUUGUGAAAGAGUCACCAACCUGGGUAUGGCGAGCACAAAACAUUUCAGUGUCAGCUGGUGCGGUACUUCUGUUGCCAUGUUCUGCUAAAGGACAACCGACUCCUAGGAUAUCCUGGGAAUAUUCUGCUGAUGGUGAUAAUUGGCGACAUGUCCUAUGGAGUCAAUCAGAGGCAUCAGACAUGGGAGGUGGCUCAGUACUUUCAGAUGGAACAGUUUGGUUGAAAGAGGUCACUCCCGGACACGAAGGCUGGUACAGAUGUACAGCAAGAGUUCAACAUUCAUUCUUGCACCAUGCCUUUUAUUUAGAUGUUAGAGAGCCUCCACGAUUGACAAGGGGCGGUGGAGGUGGAGAAACUCGAUGGGUGGUGAGAGGGGCUACGGCUCGUUUGACUUGCACAGUCAGAGGAGAACCUGAAAUUCACGUCCAUUGGACGCACGAUUCGAGACCUUUGGCUUUGCAUGGAUCGGGGGGGAUAGAAACCAGAGACACGAACAGCGGUAUAAUUACUUCGGAAAUGACUAUAAACCACGCAGGACCGGAGCAUGCGGGCGAGUACCGGUGCUUAGCAAGGAACUUGUAUGGGGCCGACGAACUUGUCUUCAGACUAUUCGUGAAAGAACGCCCGAGUAUACCAGAGGAAGUACGCAUAUCUGACGUUUGGCCACGUAAAGCCCGUAUCACUUGGAGGAUGGCGAGAGGCGCUAUGGUAUCACAUUAUUCGAUACAAUACAGAGCAUUAAACCGAGAGCUAACGACUGCACCGCUUGACGCUCCGCUACCCGCUCUGCUCGACACCUGGGACACUCCCGAAGUACUCAAUCUGACAUUGGGAAACUCAGAUUUGUUACAUGUGGCGUCUGAAGGUCCGAGCCGAGCCGGUGCUUUUGUGUCAGGCUUGUCACCUGACACUCGAUACGCAUUACGGGUAGCCGCUUACAACGACGUUGGAGCAUCGUCUUAUACAGCACCUCUACACUUCACUACCCGGGAGGAAGCACCCGGAGGAGCUCCCCGCGAUAUCACUGUACGAGCACUAAGAGCUCGUGAACUUCACGUCACAUGGCAGUCUCCACUUCGAGAAACAUGGCAUGGAACUUUACUAGGAUAUACCAUACGUUGGUGGGAGGUAUCGGAGGUAAACAAAGGCGUUCUCACCGAGGGUCCUGGUUCUGAAAGUGGAGCAAGCGCAGAUGCCACUAGUACGACUCUUAGAGGUUUGAAAGCUGCGACAAGGUACGGUGUUACCGUAAAAGCUUACAAUGCAGCGGGCACUGGUCCAUCUUCACCGCCUCAUUAUCGAUACACAUUGGAAUCAGCACCUACUGGAGGUCCUGAAGGUGUGGAAUGUAAAUCAAGUGGUGCAACAUCCCUCCGUGUUUCUUGGGGUCCGCCAGCCUUGGAUUCUCGUGGCGGUCUGAUCACCCAUUACACUGUACAAUACACGAGGAGAGAUACUGAUCCUAUGCUGCUUACCCAAGAUGCUUAUCUUCGUGUGCAGGGCGAAGAAGCGACCAUAUCUCGAUUAACGCCAUACGCUGAAUACGAAAUAAGAAUUAGAGCUCACACUGCAGCCGGCGAUGGACCACUCUCAACACCUCAAGUCUGCAGAACUGAUGAAGAUGUCCCAAGUGCACCAGGAGGAAUAAAGCUGAUCGCUUUGGGCGAACGUUCCCUAAGAGCGUCUUGGCUUCCACCACCAGAACCAAAUGGAAAACUAACCCAUUACACUUUAUUUGUUAAAGACUUAUCAGGAUCUCACGAACCAAAUUUGACAAAAGUGAAUGCGUGUGCGGAAAGCGAAGGCAGUUCCGGUGAAUGUAUGAAAUCUUUGCGUGGAUUAAGACCGAGUAGAACCUACGAGGCUUGGGUACGAGCAGCUACCGUUGCCGGAGACGGACCUCCUUCGGCUGCUGUGGCUUGUCAAACUAACGCUUUAGCGCCGGCUCGUAUUUCUUCAUUCGGUGGUAUAGCUAUAGGAACCGCGGGUGGUUCUUUAUCUUUAAGAUGUGUUGUGGGUGGUGCUCCACCACCGGCUAAGCGGUGGCUCAGAGGUGGUAGUCCCACCCAUCCCAGACCACCGUUUCAUCUCGAUGGCGAUGCUUUAUUGAUAAGAGGUCUAGAGCUAUCACAUGCCGAUAAUUACACGUGCGUUGCUGAGAAUCCUCACGGUUCUGAUUCAGUAACUUGGAAGGUUAUUGUGUUGCGUCCUCCUGCACCUCCUGGUCUCAUGUUAUUAGAGGCCAGAUCGAGAGAAUUAGAACUAGACUUAAGGCCGGCACAGAGAGCACAAGGGCAUGCAGUAGCAAAGGUUUUUACUAUACAUUGGAGACUAGCGUCGCUCGAGGGUGAGUGGCGAACUCAAUCCGCUACUCCAGGUCCGAUAAUACUGACUGGACUACGUUGUGGAUCAGCAUAUAGAGUGUACGGGUCAGCCGGUGGUGCUCCUGGUUCUGAGCUCACUGUUCGUACAUCUGGAGGUCCGCCUAUAGCUCCUCCGGACGCUAGAUGGAUAAGAGCUAAUGCAACUCACGCUAGGUUCGAUACUAGUAUUUGGGGAGAUGGGGGGUGUGGACCAGUUGCUCUUAAGUUAGAGUGGGCAGGAUCUGGCUUAGCCGGAGCUAGAGAUGUCCCUGUGGGAGGUGAAGUUAUAUUAGGCGGUUUAUCCCCCGGUGCAAGAUAUCGUCUUGCAGCCAGAGCUUCUAACGAGGCGGGUUGGACCCGUGAAGUUUAUGAAUUUACAACAACACUCUCAGAAGGAGGAUUUGCCGAGGAAGUCGAUGCUCCAUUCCCAGCUACCGCGGGAGAAUUAGCACUGCUUCUGGCACUAUGCGCCGCCCUGUCUUUGGCUGCCUUAACUAUAUUAGCUAUAUUAUUAAGGAGAAAAAGGUCGGAUGGCGCGGCCGCGGGGGUAUCCACAAGCGCUGAGAAGCCGAACUGCGGUACAUACAAAGGGACACCACAUCAAGCGCCAAAGCUACCCCCCGAUCCACCAGAUGUGUACGAAAUAAGCCCUUAUGCAACUUUUGCUGGAGGACCGGGUUCAACGGCGGGUGCGUCUCGCGCGUACACUUUGCAGCUGCGGGCGCUCGCUAGGCAUGAUGAUGACGCGGCGCCACCACACCCUCCAUGCUGCGACGAGGAAACAUGCGUGGACGCAUGUGACGGCCAACGUAGACGCAGACGACGCAGGCACUACUGCCCUGAUCACGGUUGUUCUCAAGAUUCUGGAAGUUGAAAAUCUAACCAAGAACAAAUUUUAGUGAACAUAUAUUAUCUAGUCACUGUAAUUAGUAUUUCGA